UGCAGCGAUCAGUCGUCAUUCAGCUUUCGCGAAGAUUUCACGAGAGAUUGACGAGAAAAUGUUCGGAAACAAGUAUUACAAGGAUGAUAUGAUUUACGUAACACAAGUGACGCGUAACGUUCUAAGCUUACUCGGAAUCUGGCCGCCUUACAACAGGAGAAGAACCACCGGGGAAAAAGUUUGGAAGUACUUCUUGAUAACGAUGUGCAAUCUUCUUAUCUACAGCGUCCUGAUUCCCGGUGCCCUGUAUUGGUUGAUUGAGAAGAGGACACACGUCAGAGUCCGCACGGUCCCUCUGCUUCUCUUGGGCAUCAUGAAUAUUUGUAAAUAUGGUAACCUGGUGUUCCACGAGAAGGAUAUCAGACGCUGCUUGAAGCACAUCGAGGAGGAUUAUAGGUUCGUUACCAGUGCGAAAGCGCGGGACACGAUGAUCGAGUCCGCGAAGAUCGGCAUACGACUGGUCACACUUUGCGCAGUUUUCACGUACGGUAGCGGGUUCUCCUUUCGUUUGAUCUUACCGUUUGCCAAGGGAAAAAUCAUCACCGCGCAGAAUGUCACUAUCAGACCUCUACCUUCCCCGGCUUACUUCAUUUUCUUCGACGUACAAGUCAGCCCCACUUACGAGCUGAUCUUCGCAAUACAAAUAUUAUCCGGGGUGCUCACUUGGUCGAUAACAACGGGUUUAUGCGGUCUCGCGACCAUCUUCGUGAUGCACGCCUGCGGUCAGCUGACGAUCCUGAUGAAUUUAAUGAGAAAUCUUGUCGAGAAGCAAGGGCAAGAGAACCGAGAAGUGGACAGAAAGCUGGCACGAAUGGUUGAACAUCAAAUAAGAAUAAGAAGUUUUUUACAAUUGGUUGAAAAUACUCUACAACAAGUGUGCGUACUAGAAUUACUGGGAAGCACGACGGUUGUCUGCAUUGUAGGAUAUUUUAUAUUAAAGGAAUGGGAGAAUAGCAGUUCGAUAGCUAUGUUCUCCUACUUUACUGUACUUAUGUGUAUGAUGGUGGACAUGUUCAUGUUUUGUUACACUGGUGAACAACUUUCCGUUCAGGCAGAGAAAGUAGCUAGAAUGUCUUGCGUGCUCGAGUGGUAUCGUCUUCUUGAUAAAAAGGCGCGUGCGAUUGUGCUAGUGGUGAUCAUAUCAAACUUACCUACUAAGGUCACCGCUGGGAAAAUCGUGGAUUUAUCACUGAAGACAUACGGCGAUAUUAUAAAGACAGCUGUGACAUACUUCAAUAUGCUUUUAAAAUUAACAGGCUAAAUAUUUCUGAUUUUUAUUUUUUCUUCUCGUCGAAUCUCGUCGAACGCAUCAUAUGAUAAUAUCGUUUAUGAUGUGACAAAUGCAAAAGCUUAGUACAAUG